AUGUUUUGCCCGAUACAGACGUAUCUCCCUUGUCAAACAAUCAGUUCCGAAAACUUCGAAAAAAAUUGGUUGAACGGUGAAUUCGAGCACAAACAGGCGUUUCGAGUGUUUGGUGCUCAGAGCCGGAUCAAAACCGAAUGGAAAAAGAAAUAUUAUUUACAAGAGCUGAUAGUGCUGAUAAUACAAGCGCUGAUGUUCUCCAUGACUGAGAUCAGAUGUGCUGGUUAUAGCAAUACGGUGGUAAUAAAUAAUCAGCAACGACAAUCAAUAACUGGUAAUAAUGAACAAUACAAACUUUAUCAUAAGUGCGAGAACUCUCCAAAUACUUCCCUAUCACUAUGA